AUGAGGAAUCUAAAUGUUUCCUUAAAAGUUAAAAUAGUGAUAUUCUCACUUUUAUAUCUAACUUGUAUAAUAGGUCAGAGUAAUGCUCUCAAAUAUAAAUUCGGGUUUUCAACUGAUACAGAUGGUAAUGGUAUCAUAUUUAGAGCGGCACAAUAUAAACCGAAUUCAUUUAAUACACCACCUGGAAAUGGAAAAUCGUAUGCUUUGUUCGAUGGAACUUUCGAGGUGAAGAGUAAUGACAGUGACAGUGGUAGCAGCUCAAUAAAAGACGAUCCAAAGAAGUUGGCACCUAUCGAUUUGGUAUUCUACAACUCGGACGAUGACAGUAGAAUAGGAUACAGCGAUGACGGUGUCUUCUCGCUGUGCUGCACACAGGCGCUGUACAACGCCGGCAAGUGUUCAGAGGUAGGAUCGAUCAUUAUCGACACCGCUGCCAAAUCGACAAUCUCUGACUUUACCACCUAUACACAAUCGGACAUCACCGACAACACCAUAUUCGCUGUGAAUCUAGAUUUCCAGCCACUCUCAUUGAACUCACCCGUUCAACUUCCAAUCCAAUAUAAUGUAACAAAAGAAGGUGUAUAUUAUUUGAUGGUAGUCAGUUGUAAAGCAAUCGUUUUCAAGAACUACACUAAUAUCUAUACAAGUGGAGUGGUUUCUUUUAUGAAUCCAUUUGGUUAUCUUGGUGGUGAGAGAUUCCCAUUACUCUAUUUUGAUUUAGUUUUGGCAAUACUCUAUUUGUUAACAUCGUUGUUAUGGUUGGCAUUGUCAUUCCGAUUCAGAAAGACAUUACUUCCACUUCAAUAUUGGAUUGGAUUGGUGAUUAGUUUAGGAUUCCUAGAGAUGAUCACCAGCUACGGUGUAUAUAGCACUGCCAAUAAGAAAGGAUCAUUCAGUAAGGCAGCUCUAUUCUUCCAAUUCCUAUUCUUCACGAUUGGACAUGCAUUUGCCAGACUUUUAGUUUUAAUAGUAUCAAUGGGUUAUGGAAUAUUAAUUCCAACAUUGACAAGAAUAACAAAAUAUAAAAUAGGUGUGCUAACAGCACUUUAUAUAUUCUUUAGAUUCCUGAUGAGCUAUGCCGAUACAUCUAUCUCUGGUAUUAUUCUAUCGAUACCAGUCUCAGUAAUCGAUACGGUCUACUACUAUUGGAUAUUUAUCAGUCUCAUCAAUAUAUUCAACAAUCUCAAGUUAAAGAGACAACAGGCAAAGUUAAAGACCAUUAAAAGUUUUUGUAUAGUUUUAGUGAUAUCUGCAAUCAUAUCAGGUUUGCUUUUAAUAGUAUCUUUAAUUGUAUUAUCAAGACCAAGAGAUAAAGUAUGGAAGAGUUUAUGGAUUUGGGAUGCAGUCUGGGAUAUGUUGUACUUUUUAAUUCUAUGUUCGAUCGUUUGGAUUUGGAGACCGUCAGAGAUCAGUCAUACUCUUGGUUACAAUGAGAUUACCGAUAUCGAUGAUGAGGACGUCACUCUCGAGCCUAUAGGUGGUGUGUCAAUUACACACAGACUGUCGGUGCUGCGUGAGAACGACGAUGGUGAACAAAUAGGUGUCACCCAAGACAAAGAGGAACUCGAAGAACAGAAACGAGAAAGAGAACAAGCAAUGAGUGAAGCAGAUGAAUAUGAACAAUACAAGAAAGAUGUUGCAAAUACAUUUGAAUUUAAUUAG